AUGGCACAAACUAUUCAGUCUACGACACGGAUGGGAAUUUCCUGCAACGACUUGAUACGAUUGAACUGCGAGCUCUGCUUCCCCAGUUCCUCGAUCGUGAACACAAUUCAAUUGGCAGACGCUUUAUCAUCAAAUGCAGGGGCAGACCAAUUCGAAAUCGUCGGUUUAGAUGCUUCACCCGGUAUGUUGGAUGUUGCGGGCACCACCAUUCAAAAGCAUGUCGGGACAGAGAAUCCAAGUCCGGCCGUGACGUUGGGAAUUUUUGACCUUCUAUAUACUACCAUGGAGCAAUUACCUGCUUCUUUGCGUGAGCCUACAGCCGGGGCAGUGGGUGUUAUAUCUACACUUGUACUAGAACAUAUCCCACUUCAGCAAUUCUUCACUGCCGCAUCGGCGAUUAUGAGAGCUGGUGCAUAUCUCUUGGUCACUAAUAUGCAUGCUGAUAUGGGGAUGCGCAGUCAGGCGGGUUUCACGGAUCCGGCGACUGGGGUUAAGAUUCGACCUACGAGUUAUUGUCACCAGAUUGGGGAUGUAGUGGCUGUGGCUGCGGAGGCGGGGUUCAAGAUUGAAGAUGUUGUUGGCUGUAAUGAGGAUGGUGUUUUGGCUAGAGGUGUUGAUGAGGCAUCGGGGAAGGUGCUGGGUGCGAGGGCUAAGAAAUGGGAUGGGGUUAGGGUUUGGUUUGGGGUUUGUUUUAGCAAGUAG